GUAGGUACGUGCCAAACGCUCUGACAGCUGCUGAGUGCCAUUGGUUUAUGCGAGCGCACGUUGUGCACAUUUGUAAUUCUAGUAGAAUCACGUGUCAGUUUCUGGAAAAUAGAAGUUUCUGCCAUCAACGGUAAAGAAUGGCAGCAAGUGGGCAAGCUCCGCCACUCAAAAUGCAGCUGCUGAAGAGAACUGUGUCCUGCAUAUCCCCAGAGGAUCAUCAACAACAGCACCCUUGUUUCACGAAGCUCCUCAAAGCCGUGACUGAUAAGGACUUGAAUACGUUCAAAAGGAUAUUCGUAGACAAAGAACUCACCAUCAACUACCAAGAACCGGUGCGAGGAAACAGAUCAGCAUUACACUACGCUGCGAAAGGGAAUUUCAGAGAAGGACUGCAAUACCUUGUGCUGAAUGAUGCAAACUGCAAUAUUCAGGAUAACAGCGGGGUCACUCCUUUACACCUGGCCGCUAACGAAGGAUUUCCAGACAUCGCACGCGAGCUCAUUUGUAAUGGAGCGUCUGUAGAAAUUGCAGAUAAUCGAGGCAGAAACGCGUUGCAUUGGGCGCUGACUACAUCUUCAAGCGUCACGGAGGAUAGUAAUGAUGAUAUUUUGAAGGUGGUCAAGAUGUUACUGCUAAGGUGCAAUAACGCUUCGGUUAAAGACAAUGAAGGUCGUUUGCCUUUACAUCUUGCAGCUCGGUCGGGAAUUACAGCCGCUGUUCAAUUGCUGCUUAACAAUCCUAAAUCAGGAUCAGUUUCCGCCAAAGAUGACGAAUUGCUGACUCCAUUGCACUAUGCUGUCAUGGGAGCGCAGUCUUUAGAGACUGUGUCCUUUCUGAUAAAAAGAGGCGCUAAUCUUGACGCCGUUGAUAAGAACGGCCAGACUCCCAUGCACCUUUUAGUAGGAAGAAAACCUGCAAACGUAAACGAAGAAUUCGACAUUGCCUGCCUAGAGAUACUUUUAAAUAACGGGGCAUCUGUGUCCAUAGCUGACCGUGAUAAUGUCCCUCCAUUGACAACAAUUUUAUCCAGGACGAUGUGGUGGAAUAGAGGAUCGUCUCGUGAUUUCUACCUCACUAUCGUGCAAAUGCUCGUAGCCAAAGGAGCGAAAAUAACAUGUGGCUUUUCUAUGUGGAGAAUGAUCGAAGCUUUCCCAAGCUUGCUCAAUUAUACUCUUAAUCAUUCCAUAGCGACCAACACUUCUGUUGAUAAUUCCAUUCACUUGGUUUUGGAAUUCGAUAUGAGGUGUUUCAUUGAACAAGAAAAAUUGAACAACGUGUCAGACAUUUGUCAAAAGUCAGCCAACGAUGCAAUUGUUUUACCUGAUGCUCUAACAACAUUCACCGACGUCUCCAUGUUGCACUAUCUCUCUCAUUCUGGCAACAAACACAUCCUGUGUCAUCCCCUGUGCCGGUCAUUCCUGCAUCUCAAAUGGCUACGAAUACGAAAGUAUUUCAUUGCUAACUUCAUUCUUAGCUGUUUAUUUGUCUGGUCAAUUACGUUUUUUGUUUUUUCCGUCACCAACUGUUCUCCUUAUAAUAAUAAUACUGUUAGUUCUUUUAAUACUUCUGACGAAACGGUUGUUUAUUCUGACGGACCCUAUAACCUGUCUUUGACCGGGCAAGCGAACGCGAGUGUUGAUGUUCACGAUCUCAACACUCCUUGGCACUAUUGCAUCAUUUCCCUUAUUUAUUCUGGUCACGAAAAACUAGUAUCAUGGAUCCUACUAUCAGUUAUGUACGUACUUAUAUUAUUACGUGAAAUUCUACAAAUCAGCCACUGCGCUUGGAGUCGUAUGGUUAGCUUCAAUCAAGCACUCAUGAUCAUUCUAAUGAUUUUCAUUCCUAUCCUCCUCAUCCAACCUUGUCCAUGCGAAAACGUUUGGUGGGUGCAAAUGUCCGCUGUCGUAAUAGUCGGAGGUUGGAUUACAUUGCUACUCUCUUUGGGUCAGUUCCCAACUUUUGGUGUGUACGUUGUAAUGUUUUCGACCGUCGCCACGAAUGUUUUAAAGUUCCUAGGACUGUACAUGCUGCUGCUCAUUGGAUUUGCGUUUGGGUUUCACGUGUUGCUGCGUCCCUACCAAACCUUCUACUCGCUCUUCGUCUCCCUCUCAACCACCUUCGUAAUGAUGACAGGAGAACUAGAUUACGAAGCUGUGUUUGUAGAGGGCAAGAAAAGUACAGAAAUUUUGGGCAUUUUGCUUCUGCUCUUCUUCAUCUUCCUGAUCUACAUCAUCUUGUCGAACCUUCUCGUGGGUCUGGCUGUGAGUGAUCUCACAUCCAUUCGUAAAAGGUCUGAGGUUAUGCGGUUGUGCUCUCAAGUGGAGCUUAUGGUUCAGUUUGAAGAGGUGGUGCGGAGUAACCUGUGGCCGAAAUGUAUAAAGAAUAUCAUGAAGAAUUCCAUCAGCUUACAGGCCUUGUGUGACUCACCUAUCAUCAGCAUCCUGCCUAACAAGAAGAGAGGCUGGGUCACCACUUCAUAUAAAUUCCUCGAGAGUUUCAUUCCAAAGAGGGCAUUGAACAAAAUUUUCGAAUCUUUUGUGGACGGAUUCAUACCUCCCGAGUGGGAGCCUCGCCUACCCGACAACCUACUCAGGGCUUGCCUCAAAAUUGCCCAAAAGCAAUUCGAGAUGCAAAAAAGAGACCGACUUCUCAAGCAGCGCCGGAAUACGUCUCGAGGCAAUACAGUCAUCGCAAAAAUGCCCGUGCCAAAACCCAAGACAGAUUUUUCUCUAACUGCCAUCCCGAUACCCGGAGUUUCUAUGCACGACGCCGAAGAUGAAGAUUCUGAUGACUCGACAGAUUCCAGUCAGUGGGAUUGUUAUCCGACUGAUUCUCAUCCGUUUAUCUCUACAAGAAGACGGCAUUUAACACUGAAGAAAUCUUCACGGAGUAAUUUGUUCCGGAAUUUAAGUUUGUUCCCUGGCAGUAAUGCCGUAAUUGGCGUCGAUAACGACGAUGCCCGGCAAUUAUUAUCGGAAAUUCAAGCCAUUUUGAUUUCCGCAAAUAUCCAUGCACAGUCCGGCGCCGCUCCUCGCAGCAGAAGAAAUAGCAACGUAAGCAAAAAGUCGGCCUUUUCUGAAGCUCACGUGUAAUUUUGGGUUUUCAUUUACUUCGUUUAAAAUAAAACCAGAUUACUUGAAAUUACAGUGGAAACGGGGCCUUAUAAAUUUGUUAGAAAUACUAUUUCGAUAUUUAGUUAUAGAUGCCCUAAUAGAAUUAGGUAUUUAACCUGCACAAAUUUUAGUUACGCACAAUUUGAUUGCAGAAAAAUGGUUCGGAACUCAGUGCGUGUUUAGCGUUGCAUUCAUUAUUGCGUUACGUUAUCUACCUAUAUAUAUAAGUGCCCGAUAACGUUCUUCAUGCUUCAGUAACGUGUCAAGUGAUGCACUCAAUGUCAAACUGUGAUGAAUGAUGUGUAUGGUGAUGAAGGUAUUCUAUAUAAUCGACUGGUGGUGAUGAACCACCGUCAAGCAACGUGUGCGUGUAUAAAUUCAACACUACGCUCAAUAUGACGUGUAUGGUGAUGAUGGUAUCUAAGAUACUUGAUUGUUGGUAAAGAACCAGUGCCAAAUUAUAUAUAGACUCAACACUACUCUCAAUAUGAAGUAAAUGGUAGAGGUGGUAUCUAAGAUACCCGAGUGCUGGAUUCUCUUAUCUAAUAAAUACAAAAACCAUAUUUUUGUAUACGCUAAAAGAAAAAAGAUUUGUACAGGGUGUUUCAGA